AUGUUUAAUGGUGAGGCAGCGUUUGCUGGAAACUUGAAUAACGUUGAGGCUGAAUUUAAAUUCGAACCGAAAAAUGUUCCAGAACAAUUGCAGGAUGAAACAACAAAGAUUGAUUAUCGUUUGCCCACGGCCAUAAAACCCACAUUCUAUGAUUUGUAUUUGCAUCCUGAUAUUAAAACGGGCACAUUCACGGGUCAAGAAGUAAUUACGCUUAGCGUAAUUGAGGAUACCCAAAAAAUUGUUCUGCAUUCGCAUAACUUGAAAAUUACCAGUGUUUACACACAAAGCGGUAGCGUCAAGGUGGCCAGCCAUGAAUUUGACACCGUUCGUGAAUUUUUAAUUGUCCACAUGGAAGAUGUGUUGGCAGCCGGAAGCAGUAUGCGUUUGGGCAUCAUUUUCGAAGGUGAAAUGUUGGGUAAAAUUGUUGGCUUGUAUAGUAGCUCAUAUUUGACGCCAAGUAAUGUGAAGAGAACCAUUGCCACAUCACAAUUCGAACCCACCUAUGCUCGUCAAGCUUUCCCCUGUUUCGAUGAACCCAAUAUGAAGGCUAAAUUCAGUAUUACAUUGGUAACACCAACUGGCGAUAAUUACCAUGCUCUAUCCAAUAUGAAUAUUGAGAGCACCACAUUCUUGGACGAGAACACUGAAGUUCUGUUUGCCACCAGUGUUGAAAUGAGUACCUAUUUGGCUGUUUUCAUUAUUUCCGAUUUUGUUAGUACCACCAGAACUGUAACUCCAGCUAUUGGUGAGAAAUUUGACGUUCGUGUAUUUGCAACACAACAUCAAUUGUCGAAGGCGGAAUAUGCUGCUGAUACGGCUGCUGCUGUCAUUGAUUUUUUCAUUAAUUACUAUAAGGUUGAAUAUCCUUUGCCAAAAUUGGAUAUGGCUGCCAUUCCUGAUUUCUCUUCAAAUGCCAUGGAAAACUGGGGUCUGGUAACCUAUCGUGAAGCGGCUCUCUUGUACGAUCGCAGCAUGAGUUCGACAUGGAAUAAGCAACGUGUUGCUGCUGUCAUUGCCCAUGAGUUGGCGCACAUGUGGUUUGGAUACUUGGUUACCUUGAACUGGUGGAACGAUAUGUGGCUAAAUGAAGGUUUUGCCCGCUUUAUGGAAUACAAAGCUAGCAACGCUAUUAAUCCCAGUUGGGGCUUGACCGAUCAAUUUUUGUUGCACGCCUUGCACGGUGUUAUGAAAUUCGAUUCAACCCCAGCGUCUCACCCUAUUAUUCAGACCGUAGAAACACCCGAUCAAAUUAAUGAAAUUUUCGAUACCAUCAGUUAUGAAAAGGGUGCCUCGGUUAUUCGCAUGUUGGAAGAUAUUGUCGGUUCGGAGAAAUUCGAACAAGCUGUUACCAAUUAUUUGACAAAAUACAAAUAUAAGAAUGCCGUUACCGAUGAUUUCCUUACCGAAGUGGCCAAUGUUAAUCCUGGUUUUGAUGUCAAAGCAAUGAUGCGCACCUGGACCGAACAAAUGGGUCUGCCAGUGAUCAAAGUCAAACGUACUUCUUUAACCACUUUCGAAAUAACUCAACAACGUUUCUUCUCUAAUGUUGAAGAUUAUAAUGGCAACUAUAACGAUUCUGAAUUUAACUACAAAUGGACCAUUCCCCUAACCUAUUUCUAUGACAGUGAUAAAACAGUGCGUCGUACCUGGUUGGAUUAUGAUAAAUCAUCGGUCUCGGUAAGCGUACCCAUGGGUACCAAAUGGUUGAAAUUCAACAACCACCAAGUCGGUUAUUAUCGCGUCAAUUAUGAAUACGAUAUGUGGGAAGAAAUUAUUUCGACUUUAGUUGCUACACCCGAGAAAUUCGAUAUUGCCGAUCGUGCUCAUUUGUUGAAUGAUGUUUUCGCCUUGGCCGAUGCCAGUCAAAUUUCCUAUGAAGUUGCUUUGGAUAUGACAAAGUAUUUAGAAAAAGAAUCUGACUUUGUACCAUGGUAUGUUGCCGCCACAAAACUUCAGGCUCUGCAGGGAAAUUUGAUGCAAACCGAUAUUUAUGUGGAUUAUUUGAUGUAUGCUCGUUCCUUGAUUAAUAAGGUGUACAAGGAGGUGACAUGGAAUGUCGAUGAAGACAACCAUUUGAAGAAUCGUCUUCGUGUCAGUGUAAUCACUGCUGCCUGUUCAUUGGGCUUGCCAGAUUGUCUGGAAGAAGCCUCUACCCGCUUUACCGCAUUCUUAGCCAAUCCCACCAACAAACCCGAACCUGAUCUAAGAGAAGCUAUUUACUAUUACGGCAUGCAACGAUUGGGUAAACAAAAACAAUGGGAACAAUUGUGGGACAUUUUCGUUGCCGAAAAAGAUUCCAGUGAAAAGUUGAAACUUAUGUAUGGUUUGGCUGCUAUUCGUGAACCAUGGAUCUUGAAGAGAUUCAUCGACUUAGCCUGGAACGAAGAUUAUGUACGCAGCCAAGAUUAUUUCACUUGCAUUCAGAAUAUUGCCGCUAAUCCCGUGGGAGAACCAAUUGUCUGGGAAUAUGUUCGUGAAAAUUGGCCGACAAUGGUUAAACGUUUCGGUUUGAAUGAUCGUUACUUCGGCCGAAUGAUCCCAACAAUUACUGAACGUUUCACUAGUGAAACUAAAUAUGAAGAAAUGGUAGAAUUCUUUAAUAAAUAUCCUGAAGCUGGUGCCGGUACCAAUUCACGUAAACAGGCUUUGGAAACUGUAAAAUAUAACAUUAAUUGGUUAAAGAACAAUUUGAAGGAUGUUGAGAAUUGGUUAAAUAACUAG